AGAGCCAGAUUCAUACUUCCUGUUUACACGUUCAGGAAAUAGUGAUUUCCGUAGCUUUUGUAGUUGUUUAUCUCAUGGUAAAUAUGAACAUAAAACUUUAUAGCGUUAUGUGAUGGAUAUAAAUUGAUAACGGUCUAUUUUAAUCCAGUGGACGAGUCACCGAUGAUAACAUAAGCUUCAACAUCAAGGGAAUCGAAUACUGUUAAGGUUAGGUGUGUGUUGAACAAAGUUUUUGCAACAACAAAAGCUCGAUUUCCUUUCAGCUGUCAAUUUUUCCUUUUGAACGUACAUGCACGAUGCAGAUAAACGUAUUUUAUUUCGUGAAAUUAAAUAUACAUAGCUACAUGUAUUUUAGCUGAAUGAUCUAGUUUGCCUGUUCGGUAUGUUUUGGUUUCUCUAGCUAUCCUACUAGCGCCACGUCACAUAACUCUUGAAAAGGAUACGCUUUGGAAAAAGCAAAGCAGAAUCAGACGGAUUCAACUACUGUCAUCAUCGUUACUUGGACUAAAUAACGGCCGCCACUUUACCGUGGUCAUUUCUCUACGUAGUAUUGAACGGUUUUUGUGUGGUGAAGAAAACCUAACCAUUCAAAAUGACGGCGGCGGCUUCAAACUGGGGUUUGAUCAUGAACGUGGUCAACAGCAUCGUUGGAGUGAGCGUUCUGACCAUGCCGUUCUGUUUCAAACAGUGUGGGAUAGUGCUGGGGACUUUGUUGCUGUUCUUCUGUUCGUGGAUGACCCACCAGUCGUGCAUGUUUCUGGUCCACACGGCUAACAGCACCAAACGCAGAACCUAUGCUGGCCUAGCUUUCCAUGCCUAUGGCAAACCAGGCAAAACACUGGUGGAGACCAGUAUGAUAGGUCUGAUGUUGGGGACCUGUAUUGCCUUCUAUGUCGUCAUCGCUGACCUGGGCUCUAAUUUCUUCGCCCAGUUGUUGGGCCUACCGGUGUCAUUUGGUUUCCGUGUGCUGCUGCUGAUCACGGUGUCUCUGGUCAUCGUGCUGCCUCUCAGUCUGCAGAGAAACCUGAUGUCAUCCAUCCAGUCCUUCUCUGCCAUGGCCCUCAUGUUCUACACGUUCUUCAUGUUCACGAUAGUCAUGUCUUCUCUGCGUUACGGCCUGAUCUCAGGCUCCUGGUUCGAGCGUGUACACCUGUGGCGGGUCAGGGGCGUCAUACAGUGCCUGCCCAUUAUCGCCACCACCUUCUGCUGUCACCCGCAGGUGUUGCCUACCUACGACAGUCUGGACGAGCCCUCCAUCAAACGCAUGAGCACCAUCUUCACCACCUCCCUCAACGUCGUCACCACCUUCUACAUCACGGUGGGCUUCUUUGGUUACGUCAGUUUCACGGACGACAUAGCCGGUAACGUUCUGAUGAACUUCCCUUCUAACCUGGUGACAGAGAUGAUCCGGGUGGGCUUCAUGAUGUCAGUGGCUGUCGGCUUCCCCAUGAUGAUACUGCCCUGUAGACAGGCCAUCAACACCAUGCUGUUCGAACAACAGCAGAAGGACGGGACGUUUGCUGCAGGGGGGUACAUGCCUCCACUUCGUUUUAAGAUGAUCACCCUCGCCAUCGUCUUCGGAACCAUGCUGGGAGGCAUCCUCAUCCCCAAUGUGGAGACCAUCCUGGGACUGACUGGAGCCACCAUGGGCUCCCUCAUCUGCUUCAUCUGCCCCGCCCUCAUCUACAGAAAGAUACAGAAGAAUGGACUCACUGCACAGCUGGUGUUAUGGGUGGGGUUAGGCAUCCUGCUGGUCAGCACCCUUACCACGUUGUCAAUCUCAGCCAGUGACUCCACCCCAAAGCAGGCCCCUCCUCCCCCUGCAUCGGUCAAGAGUGCCAUCUUUGGGGUCCUUCCUGAUAUUCCUGAUUUACGGAACGCAGUAGAGAAGCCAGUGGUAGUGAAACCGCCUGAGGUGAAGCCUAAUGCCCCUGCUGCAGUAGAGCCAGACCGUCCAGUGGAGAGACAGCAGGAGCAGGCUGAGCCCCCCCAGAUCAAAGGACCUGAACAAGCAGUAGCAGACAUGAAAAAGAAGGAGGAGGUACAACUGGACCGCCCCGACGCAGGUGUGGCGGUACCUGAUGGGGAGGCCCAUCGGCACGAGCCGCCCAUCCCGCACGAUGAGGUCCAUAUAGAGAAGAGGAAGAAUGACGCCGAGCUGGAGGAGGAGAAGAACCAACCUGCAGUGGGAGGAGAAGAGGGGCAGUCUGAGGGAGGAGAGAAGGAGAAAUUGGUGGUGAAAAAGGAGGAAGUGGAAGAGGCCGAGGCGCAGUUCAAUGAGGUGCAGGAGAAGCCUGACCCGGGGGUGGGGCAGAAACAAGAAGUCCUGCCCCUAAAGGAAGUGGAGAAACUUGGCCCAGUGAAAGAGGUGCUUGCUGUGAAGCAUAUGGUGGCUGAGCAGGCGCUGGUUGAGGAUUCGGCCAAAGCCCCAGAUCCUGCUGGGAAACGUGUGCCGGCGGCCCCAGUUCCUGUAGCAGUGGUUCCUGGGGCAGCGGAGAUGGCUGCUGCUCCAGAAGCAAAGGAAGGGAAGGAGGGAGGAGCGGAGGACAAAAUGGAUGUGAUAAAAAAGAUGGUUGCAGAGGGUCAGUUGGACCAUGCCGUUCUGCUGCAGGUUAUAAAGGAGCAGCAGGAGCAGCAGAAGAGACUGUUGGACCAGCAGGAGAAACUACUGGCUGUCAUACAGGAACAGCACCAGGAGAUGCACCCCAAAAAGACAGAUGAAGCUCCAGAGGCUGAUGCAGAGAAGGGAGUACAGGAGGAGGGGGGAGCAUCCAAGCCCAAAGACCCAGAUCAAGAUGGCCCUGCCCUGGCCUCAGACGCCAAGGAGCCCAACGGAGCAGGAGCUGGAGCUCUACAGGCCGGAGGGGCCGAGCAUCACGUCCAGCCCCAGAAUGAGGUCCUCCCUGUGGAGAAGAGUGCAGAAGAGCAGGUCGUCAAAGUGAUUCUCCCCGUGAUCCCCAAGGAAGUAGUCCAGGAAGUCCCUAAACAGGCGAUUGUGGCAGGAGUAUCAGUGGUGGCAGGGGCACCGUUGGAGGACCCUAAGGAGAGGGAGCUGGGAGCUAGAGGGGUACCGCUGGGUCAGAAGGUGGCAGAGGGGGUGAAAGUAGAACCAGACCAGCCCAAACACAGAAAGGAGCAGCCACCACCUGCUAAAGCUGAGGACGGGCCAGGGAAAGGAUCGGUAGAGGCAGUAGACAAGGACAAGGAGAGGAUGGAGAAAGAGACACUGGAGGAGGACAGGAUCAAUAGAGAGGUGCAGGCGAGAGUGGAGAAGGAACAGUUAGAGAGGGAGAGGAGAGGGAAACUGGUGAGAGAGCAGGAGAUGGAAAAAGACCAAGUAAAGAAGGAGAAAGAGAGGCUGGGAAAGGAGCGAGCAGAGAUGGAGAAGGCUUAUAAGGAGAAAGCAGAGCGAGAGAGGAUCCAGUGGGAGAAGGAAAAGACUGAGAGAGAGGUGAUGGAGAGAGCGAAGAGGGGAGGAAGAGGGGAGGAACAGGCUCUGGCUGUAGCUGGGCCAGGACCUGUCGAACCAGGAGUAGUAGGAGGAGAACUAGGGGCUGUGAAGAAGAGUGGACGGGACCUGAAGGAGAGGGCAGCCGUCCAGUCAGACUCCAGGGACUUUGUGGAAGCCCAGCCCCAGGUGAUCCACGAGAAGGAGAAGGCCAGGGAUCAAGGAGACAUGGACCUGAGGAGGAGAAGGAGAGCCCUGGGGGUAAGAGGUGCUGGAGGGGCAGGGGAGUCCAGGGAGGGUGACCUGGAGCCCUUCUUGGACAUGGGGGACGCAGAUCUCCAUGCAGCCCUGGGGGGAGCACUGGUACACACACGCCAGAUUAAACAGACCUCUGAGCUUGAGAGAGACGAGUAACUGGGAUUGGGUAACGGCAUACACGCACAUGAAUACGGUAUAACACACUCACGGACCGUUGGGUUGGACUGUGCGAAUCCCUAUAUUUAAACAAACACACUCACAUAGUGGGUCAGACUGUGCACACACACACUGGGUCAGACUGCGCUAACCUUGUACACAUAUUCAUACUAAUCACAACGCAUACACACUCUUUCUCUCCCCCACAGUCAUGUACCGUGGAUCACACUAUAUUGCUUUACCACCUGCCUUCACAAUACCUGACCAGUACAGGAGGAGUGUGAGUGUGUGAGAUGCAUUGAUGUGAUAGGGAACAUUCUGGCUACGUUUACACAGGCAACCCAAUUCUGAUCUUUUUCACAAUUAUUGGCAAAAGAUCUGAUCUGAAUUGUGCUGCCUGUAUGAAUGCAGCCACUGUGUCUUCAUGUGACCUUAGUCUGUGGGCUUCUAUUACCAAAUACUAGUGCUUUCUUUAGUGCUCCUUCCAUGAUUCCAGAAGAUACAGGAUAAUAGUGAUGAUAAAGAUAUUGUAGCAAUGAUCACAUAUUAUUCUAUAAUAUGCUGUAUAAUGCUGCCAUAAAUCUAGUCUUUAUUAAAAGUAUAUUUGUAUGUAAAUGUUAACUUAUUUUUUGUUUUCUCUGGGGUGAGAUUUGGACUAGAAUGUAUGUUAAGCUAUGCAAUACCACAUAGUUUCUUUUUUUCCUGUGUUUGAGAGAGCAAUGUACCAUCUAUCCAAUGACUUGUAUUUUAGUCAUUUUAAAUCCCUUGAUACUUCUAAGUGAUUUGGCGUUUUCAUUUGGGCUCUGGAAAGAUUACUUGCUGGUGUUUUUGUUAAGCCCAAUGUAUGUUGGUUAUUGUGUGCUGUAAAUAGCGUCUAUAUGCUCUCUGAACUGUAGCUAAAUGUCCUCGUGCUGGCUUUUACAUGUUCUUUGAACGCUUUCCAAAAAUAUUUAAUUGGGGAUCAAUUGGUUAUCUUCAGUGCUUCUUCCAGAUAAUUUGACUCUUGAUUUUGAAAACAAGAAUGUAGUGCUGUCGAAAUGUGUAUCCUUAUCAUACACAUACAGUACAAUUCCAAUAUGAUUUUAUAUGUAAGUUCUGAAUCCAUAACUCUGUGAUUCUACAUUCCAUGUUCUUGUGCCUUACAUGUGCUACAGCAGUGUUUUUUUGUGACUUAAAAGGAAUAUGGUUCUUUUGUUUUGUCAUAUCCUGUGUGUGAGGGCUCCACUGCUUUGUGCCUCUAUCCCAACUUGGGGUGAAAUUAAUGGGUCGAAGUGAACAUCUUUAUGCCUGUAUUGAGAUGUAAAUGUAGAAUUUCCAGAACUCGAGUGCAAUUAGUCGUCAUCUCUCGCUCUCUAUUCUUGUAGCAUUUGAAACAGUGGCUUGGACUUCUACAAUGGUGCCCUGUGAUGUGGCUACCAUAAGAACAGUGAAUGAAAUGGACUUCAUAGAGGGAGGACAUCAACAGUGGCUUCAUAACUGCUCAUGACUUCUUUAGAGUUAUUUAAGUCUGGGUCGACUCAUAUUUCUGAAAAUGUCAAAAUAUGAAAUGUUGGUUGUCAAUGUGUGUUGUGUACAUUAAAGAAAGAGACCCCAUACACCAAUUUGCAUAUUUCUACAUUACAUAAAGACACAGUCCUGCAAGU